GCCUUUUGAAAACCCAAAUAGUACGUUUCCAAAGUUUAACUUUGGAGGGCAUUUGAUCCAUUGUAUUUCUUUUGUGGCCCCUAUUUCUUUCCACCUUGCUGUAGACAGUUGAAACAUUAGCCGCUACUUUGAACAUGACCCUGAUAACCAAAUGCGCACUGAGCCAAAUGCUCGCUGUUGUAAAAGCACCAAAUGCUGAUGACGAAGACGAUUCUAAAAGCAGACUUUGGAGAUAAGCUCGACCAUUUCCUUCCUCCAAUUCAGGUUAUAUUACGCACAAUUCUUCUUCGUCUUCUUCUUCUUCUUGUCGUAGAUUUGCAAUCCACUUUGUCAAUUUUUGCACUACUUAAAUCAUGCGAAAUGUACAGAGAGUCGAAUGUGUGGAAAGAAAUCUUGCGUAUUGGCGCAAGUAAAGCACCUGGGAGAAGUAUAUUUUGAUAUUUCGUGACGGUGUUGCCAAUUAUCGACCACAAAUUGCUGCAAUUGCAAACAAAGUGACGAAGGAAUGAUGGCGGUUUUCUGCUCGUCUGAUUUGUUCCAAUUUCAAAGAAUUCAUUCCGAGUCUAACACGGCGAUAAACUAUCAAUGUCAAGCUUAGCGCGUGCGCGCGCGCGCCCGCGCACUGAAAAUCUGUCAAUUUCUGCCGCGCGGUCACGUGACUCCCGCCUCCGUGGAGUGGAUGGCGAUGGCUCUCCACGUCAGCUUUACGUCUCCCAAUUUCUGCCUGGCGGGCGCCUCCGAGCCAUGUUCAGGGCGGGUGUCGAGGGAUCCGAGGCGUAGAAACCGGAGGGGGACGACGCGACGAUCCCACGAUGGAUUUUGACGAGCGGGUCCCUGUCGGCUCCAACAUGUAUUUACCCAGCUGCACCUACUACGUGUCGGCGGGGACCGACUUCUCCGCGCUGCCCUCCUUUUUGUCCCAGAGUCCGUCCACGCGGCCGGUGACCUACUCGUACUCGUCCAACCUGCCGCCGGUCCAGCCCGUCCGGGAGGUGACGUUCAGGGAGUACGCGGCCAUCGACGCGUCGACUAAAUGGCAGCACCGGGGCAAUUUGGCGCAGUGCUACCCGGGCGCGGAGGACGUCGUGCACCGGGACUGUCUGUCGGCGCAGACGGAGAUUUUCGGCAAAAGCAGCGCCGCCGCCGCAGCCGCCGCCGCCGCCGCCGCCGCCUACCACCACCACCACCACCACCACCACCACCACGGCGGCGGCGGCGGCGGUACCGCCGGCUCGUCCAACUUCUACGGCAACGUGGGGAGGAACGGCGUCCUCCCGCAAGCCUUUGACCAGUUCUACGAGACGGCGUACGGCACCUCGACCGAGAGCCCCUCGGCCAACGGCUACGCCGGAGACAAAACGCCCAGCAAGCAGCCCGCCUCGGCUCCGGACGACUCGGGCUCGGGCUCGGGCUCGGGCUCGGGCUCCUCCUGCCGGGACGCCGAAGCCAAGGAGCCCCGGGAGGAGACCAGCAGCCCCGAGCUGUCUUCCGGCAACAAUGAGGAGAAAUCCAGCAGCAAUGGACAGAGGACGCGCAAGAAGAGGUGCCCUUAUUCCAAGUAUCAGAUCCGAGAACUUGAGCGAGAAUUCUUUUUCAGCGUGUACAUUAACAAGGAGAAGCGUCUGCAGUUGUCUCGGAUGCUCAACCUCACCGACCGCCAAGUGAAGAUCUGGUUUCAGAACCGUCGCAUGAAGGAGAAGAAGCUGAACAGGGACCGAUUGCAAUAUUACACAUCCAACCCUCUGCUUUAGUGAGCGACUUUUUGGACUCUCUCAGGCUGCGGUUGUUGUCGUUCGCCACCACAAUGGCCGCCAAAGCAACAGUGGUUGCUUUCAAGUUCGCAGACAACUGUGUUGGCCAGCCACCUCGAAGGGCCGAAGUAGCGAGCGUCAAUGGAGACGUUUUUGCUUCAUGGACGUUUAUUCUGCUAUUCGAGCUCUCUUUUUUUUUUUUCUUUUGGGAGGCGAACUGCGCGUAACCAGCGGCCACCCCACGCAAUAGUGUGAAUCACGUGCUCCUUUUUUUUUUGUAAUUUUCAGUUUUGUAUUUUGUCAACAAAAUGUAAUUCGAUUAUUAUUAUUUUUUUUUUAUUGGUAUGAAAUUUAAAAAAAACAACAAAAAAAAACGGAAUUCAUGUUUAAUAUUUGAAUCAGUACAUACUUUGGUGUGACCAAAUAUUGUCCGAACGAAAUGAGAAUGUAACGUAAUGUUUUCUCUUUUUUUUCCCUCUCUCUCUCUCUCUCUCUGUGUGUGCCUAUUUAUUUUGUAGCCACUCGUUUACUAUAUUUUAAUGUCACGGCAAAGCAAGUCAAAAUUUCUAAGCAGGUUCAUUGUAUUCCCUUUUGAGGAUGGAGUAUUUAUGUAGUUUUAAUAGCCCAAAUCCACAAUGCCAUUUAGAUGAUGAUGAUGAUGAUGAUAUAAUUUGUUUUGCUUUUUUUUUUAAAGUGACUUUUUAGUCAAACAGUGCAGGCCUAACCACCAGAGACAUAAGCUCGCCCACUGGCUCCACGGGGGGGGGGGGGGGUUCCACUGAGGUGUACGCAGGUAGAAACACGCAGCGAGUUUCUGCUGCAAGCUACACUUUGAUCUCACUCGAUUUGUUCCGUUUUCUUUCAUGACUCGCAAUCGUUUGCUUCUUGCGGUCUGACACGCAAUCUGACUAUGAAGGAAAAUAGCGGAAACAAAAUUGAAAAUAAAUGAAUAAAUAAAUACAAUACAAAUUUCAUGUAUGCUGUGAGAGCGAAAAAGCUGCUCAGGGUCAACGCGUUGACUCUCCUGCUUGUUCCGCCCCAAACACAAUUGUGUAUUAUACUCUAUUUCCAAAUAAAAACUGAAAAUAUUCAAA